UUUCUUAAGAAGAUUUUUAAUUUCAUGUGCAGAACAAAUUGAUCAAUCAUAAUUUCUGUUUAAAAUACCUCCCAUUGAUGAUUUUUCGUUGCAAAGUAGUAAUUAGACUCUAUUUUAACCGACCAAUUUAGAAACGUGAUGAUAUACGAUGAAUUACCGAUAUAUGCUCAUUACACACGCGAUUGGUUCACAUAAUUUGAUUAACGCUCAUGGCCGCAUGUGAGACAUGCGUUAUCACAUAUGCAUACGUCGAUGGAUCGAACAUGUAUGCAUAUUUUUUUAAGUUUAAUAUAGAAAAGUAUUAACUUUUUGAUAAAUAAUUCUUUUAAAUUAAAUAAAGAUAAAUACUAUCAUUUGAUAAAUAUUUUCAAAUCCUAAUAUUGCAAUAGGCCUUAGAAUAGAUUUAUAUUUUAUAUAUUUUAUCUUAACAAUUAUAAUGUACCCCAUAUUGUAAUAAAAUUUUAAUUGUGUCUUUUAUUGAUUUACUAUUGCGUGGUUCGUCAAAUUAUCAUUUCAUUUAUAAAUUUAAUUUAUUUCAUUUUUAUUCUUCUAUUAAUCGGAGAAUUUGUUAUGUGCAUAGCACUCAUGAAUAAUAAACUUAAUGUUGCGCACAUAUGCAACAUAUAUAUAUAAAGCAAAAAAUAAUUGUACAGCAUAUAUGGAUUUGUUCGUGUAAAUCAUGACAAACAUAUUUAAGUCUGCACACCGAAAAGCUGCAAUUUGAUGAUUUAAUUGAAGGUUACAGCGAAAAAACAAUGUGAUGACGAUAAAAUUAUGCAGCUGUGGAAAUAAUAACACAUUUAUUCAUUAAUAAGAUAAUGAAUAAAAUAGAAGUUAUUUAAUAUUUUUACAUAAAGUUAUAUCAUUGCAUUCAAGAAAGAAGGAGGUGCAUGCUUAAAUUCAAAUCAAAAUCUUUUUGAUUCAAAUUAAUUAAUUCAAAUAACAUUCACCACAAUAGAAAAGUUUUAGUAUGUUUCCAGCAUUCAUAAAAACAUUCUCGCAUUCUUGAAAAAUGCGUAAGUAUUAAAAACUUUUAUUUUUCGAUGCAAAAUAUUUGCAUUAUUUAUUUAUUUAUUUCUAUCUCUUACAAUAUAUCAAGUCAGAACUAAUUUUUUUCGUACCAUCGUAUUUUCGCUAAUACAUUACAAAUAAUGUAAUUCAAGUCACUGCCACGUAUCGAUCAGGAAAACUUGUGUGCAAAUUAUUUCAAAUUCAUUUCUCUUUCCUUCUGUGCGUAUGUUUGCUCUCAGAUCAUAAAGAAAAAAAAGGACAACAUGUUACUCCGUGUACGCAAGUGCGUCAUGUUCAAUGCUGAGGUAUAUAUCUUCUUCUUCGUGUGGCGCAUUUCUUCAGAUAUAUCCGAAAUGUAAAUAGCAGCAGAGUUCAUUUUCUUUCAUGAACCGGUAUAAAUUGUACAUCCGUCGACAGUAAGCUGAACUGGAGCUUUCUCCCUCGUUCGGUAAGAUUUUCAGAACAAUAUUCGGAAUAACAUAUAGUACGAAGACAUUGGUCGUAUCUUAUCUUUUUUAAUCACAAAUCAGAUUUUUAAUCAGAUAAAAAUUGUAGCAUUAUUAAUUAUCUGAUAUCGUUAUACAUCCUAAUGUUGUGUAUAUGCGGUUAUUAGCGCUAAUAAUCUUCACUUAUGAAACCAAAGUAGAUAGAGUUUUGAUUUCAUUAAACUCAACAAAUUGUAUUUAUAUUUCCUGAACUAUUGUUGAAUCAAUAAGUCAAGGAUUCAGACGUAAAUCAAACGGCAAUGCAGAAGCGAGUUCUCGUUUGACUCGUUAGCACCAUAUUAUUUUAUUUAUUCGAGAUUCAUUAUUUCCCGUUUUCCGUGAAACGAACUUUGUAUAAUUAGUCGGAUGUAGUGGGAUUAAAAGCGUUUGAUUCCUCCUUGGCUUCCUUAAAAGUUGGUCACUUCAUCGCAAACGCCUUCUUCGACGUUAAUCCACACAGUGUGAAUCCUGUUCGGAGCGGAGCGGUGAUGUCACACCACGUGUGGUCUCUUCUGUGUCGACGAAUAUGUUCCUGACCACACGCGAUGAGUUUCUCGAUUGGUGCAUGUAGUGUGGCUGUGCUUAUACGCAUGGUUCCUUGCCGAACAGUGUCGAGGAAAUGAGUGUAUCGCGAGUCCAAGACGCUCUGUGCGGUUCAUUCAAGACGAUCUGUGGUCCGUAGUGAUAGGAUAAGUCAAUUAACACCUGACUGAUCUAUCAUAUAAAUCAUCGCAGGCAUUACAUGUGUAAUAUUAUCGUACAAAUGCAUCCGAAAUGUCGAUUGCUCGAAGAUGCGAAGAGUCUACAUCAGUAUCCAGAUCUCAGGUAAUAUUUGAACAGAAAUUAAUUUGCAACGCAAGGACAAUUUGUCAGUGAUAUGAGAAAUAUAUCCUUCAUAGGGGAGACCAAAACAAAGUUUGAAGAUUUAAUUAAUUUACGUGAAUUCUUCACGUGACAAUCUUUUUAAACUCUUAUCGCGGGCUGUCAAAUGGUAACAAACAAUAAUAUAUAAUAAUAAACGAUAACUACGGCUAUAUAUAAUAAAAAAAAUAUUGAUAUCACUCUUUGUGUGUGAAAAAUUGAGACUUUCUUUUUCCAAAAUCCCAAGAGUUGCUCGAGUUUCUACAAUUAGGAUUAUUUCGAGCGAAAGCCACCGUUUCUCACGCUCUUCCGCGGAGUAACUUGCACUGACGAGAUGCGAGAUACGGGGACAACAUUGCAGUUUGCAUACCCAGUACUUACACCUGCCAAUGUGUGUAUGGUUCAACGAAAUUUCACUUGCUCCCGAUGGAGAAAUUUCUGCCGGGCCUUUCGCGCGUGUGAUACAUUCGCCAUGGUGGCAGAGGUAUCGAACUCGCCUCCGUGCUCUUCGAUCGUCGCAGCAAAAAUUUAUCACCGACGAGCAAUAAUGCACUUUCACGUGAAACGUUCGGAACUGAGCGCAGUGCAUUCUUUCCGAUGAUGAUCCGAUUUAUCAAGGUACUCCUCGGUGAGCGAGUAAAUGUCGGGAAAUUAAUUACUUUCGCGGAUCACGUCAUUCGACGUUACGCGCGCGACCGUGACAGGGUGAAUGGAUUUCUGAGGGGAUCGGGGGAAUUAAUUACGCGAGGUCACGAAUCGCCAAACGCUUAGUGUCACGUCGCAAGGUAAAGCUUCAAAACGAUGCCACGGGGUUACUAAUAAAAGUAUAGGACGCUCAAGCCGAUUGCGAAAUGCGCUUACAAUUACAAUGCCGGCGUGUACUAUUGUUUUUAAUGGUAUUCUCACAAAUCGCAAUUGACGUUUCGUUCCUCCCGUCGAAUGUUCAACGAUUACCACCAGGCAUGUCGAAACUCUGUCGCAAUCGUCAUCAAGCGAUUUACGUGCCCUUUCAUUAACAAGCAUGACGUCUGCUGUCUUUUUUAACAAUUAUCUGCGAUAAUAAUCGAACGUUAAUUCUAGGUAUGGUGUCUACGCGAGAAAUACAUAUGAUUGCACUCAAUGCCGCUCAACGUGGACCGCAGCGAAAUGAUUUAUUUCAUUAUUAUGCCAAGAACAAUCUGCGCAAACUCACGCACGAUUGAUACAGAUAUUCGUCACUCAUCAUAAUUCAACCCGUGUAAAAUACUUGAUCGAUGCAAUUCACUUGUCGAUACGACUUUUAUAUUCUUUCUCGUUUGCAGAUGAUCUUUAGACUGCAGACAUGCGGUGGUACGUGCUUCUCUCAAUCCUGACGCAAUAUGUUAUUGCUACUCCACUCAAAGCACAUCAGGCGCCUACUGAUUACUCGAUCAACGGAUGCUGCUCCUGCCACUUCGAGGAUACGCGGUACAUGAGUCGAGUUUGCGGGGGCACCAGUGCCUUUAUGACGCUAGUUCAGAAUGUAAUGUCCUCCAGAUGCGACAUCGCCGAUCCCUGCCGACGGUUGGGUAGGGACGAAGCACCGAACCAGAAUGAGUGGUUCGACUUCGUGGUCGUGGGCGCCGGUGUGGCGGGACCAAUAAUCGCGAGAAGAUUAAGCGAUAACGUAUGGCGGAAGGUUCUGCUUAUCGAGGCUGGUCCGGAAGAACCCACUAUGACAGCUAUACCUGGGCUUGCGUUCAACGCCGUCAACACGACCCUCGAUUGGAACUUCAAGACGGAGCCGACAUCACCGCACCCUACCGCUUGUCUGGAAACGAACGGCGUUUGUACUUGGCCGAGGGGCAAAAUGAUCGCUGGAACUGGUGGUUUGCACGGCAUGAUGUACGUGCGCGGUCAUCCUGAGAUUUACAACCGCUGGGCGAGAGCAGGAAAUCCGGGUUGGUCCUACAACGAGCUUAGUCAUUACUUUGAACGGGCGGAGAACCCGAUUGAUCCGAUGAUCUUGUCCAACAAGCCCAGGGCUCUAAAAGAAGGCGGCCCGAUGAGGAUCCAAUAUUACGGGCACAAGCCCGAGUUUACGGACGUGCUACUGUCAGCUGCCAGCGAGCUGGGCUACAAGACUUCCCAACUGAAGGAGUACAGUCAGACCGGCUUCAUGAUCGCACCGAUGACGACCGAGAACGGUAUGCGUCUCACAACCUCGCGGGCAUAUCUGAGACCCAUUCACAAUCGCCAAAACUUACGAGUAUUAACGAAUGCACAAGUCACGAAGAUCCUGAUCAGUCCGUGGGAGCAGAAGGCCCAUGGCGUGGAGUUGAUCGACAAGAACGGCCAAAAGAUAGUAGUGAAAUGCGGCAAGGAAGUGAUCCUGACGGCCGGCGCCAUUGGCUCGCCUCAUAUCCUCAUGAAUUCAGGCAUAGGUCCUAAAGAGGACCUCGCCAAGCUUGGUGUUGAGAUAUACAAGGACUUGCCGGUCGGCAAGAAUCUGCACAAUCACGUGUCCGUGGCGGUUCCUAUGAGCAUCAAAGACGUCCCGCAUGAAACCAUGAGCAUGGACGCAGUGAACCAAUAUCUGGAGAGUAAGACCGGCCCGUUGGCCAGCACUGGCAUCACCCAAGUCACCGCCUUUCUGGAGAGCAGUUAUGCGACCAACGGCAUACCGGACAUUCAGGUCUUCUUCGACGGUUUCAGCUCUACUUGCCCGAAAACUGGACUGCCGAACGAGUGUCCCAAUGGUAGGAUUGUCGAUUGUCCAACCAGGAGAAAGAUCGUGGCGAGACCUACAGUGGUCUACGCGGAGAGUCGAGGCGACAUGAAGCUUCGCUCGAAUGAUCCCUUAGAUCCGCCGCUUAUUUAUCCGAAUUACUUCACGAAUCAGAAGGAUUUGAACAUUCUACUCGAAGGUAUCAAGAAGAUCAGCAAGCUCGUCGAUACACCCUCCAUGAGAAAGUGGGAUCUUCGCUUGGAUCAAGAUAGAAGUCCACUGUGCAAAGACUAUCAUUUCGGCACGGACGCUUUCUGGAUGUGCCAAAUACGAGCGGAGACCGGACCAGAAAAUCAUCAGUCUGGUACAUGUAAGAUGGGACCGAGCACUGAUGCAAGUGCGGUUGUCGACUCGCAACUUCGAGUACAUGGUAUACCGAACAUUCGCGUCGCCGAUGCGUCAGUCUUUCCCAUUGUACCAAACGCGAACCCCAUCGCUGCCAUUAUGAUGGUCGCUGAAAAAGCAGCUGAUAUGAUUAAUAACGAUUGGCCGCAGAAUUAAUUAAUUCAGAUUACUUUGAAUGUACGUUGAAACUUUCGUAAAUUGAUUUAUGUACAUCGAUUGAUUUAUGUUAAUUGAUUUAUAUAAUAUACGUUUUGACGACCC